GAGAGAGAGAUGCCAGUCAAGAGGCACUGGCACCGUUGAUCUUCCUGCCACCCUCCCCAAGUCGCAACCCAUUUGUGAGUGGACCAUCCUGCCACACGGAGCCACGACUUCUCGCCGUGUAGACUGAAGGACGCCAUCCACACUACCCUUGUCCCCGGGCCUCUGUACCGCCAGGGAGAGCGCUAAAGUGUGGAGGUGAACUGAGGCUGCGACAUGUCGAGGCUGAGGAGCAGAGCUGGGUGGCUGGUAGACCAUGAGGUGGGCGCCACGUUGACGAACAUCGUCCUCGCUCUCCUAUUAGCCGUCGCCAUCGCACAGUUCAUCAAGAGACGUCGCAAGGUGUGGCUGCUGAACCAACUUCCUGGUCCCAAGGGUGUCCCCAUCCUGGGUUCAGCUCUCGAGGUGAACUGUGAUAAUGUGGAACUCUUUCGCACGCUCAACUCCUACUGCGACAUGGGCGAGGUGGUGCGUCUGUGGCUUGGCCCUUACCCGGUGGUGGUACUGACCAGCGCACGCGCCUUUGAGACCUUGUUGAGCAGUCAGAAACACUUGGACAAGAGCAGUGACUACGAUUUCCUUCUUCCCUGGCUGGGCACUGGCCUCCUCACUUCUACGGGCAGUAAGUGGCACUCUCGCCGCAAGCUGCUUACCCCGGCCUUCCACUUCAGCAUCUUGGACAACUUCGUGGACGUGUUCAGCAGACAGAGCAGCAAGAUGGUCAACAAGCUGACGGACAAGGCCAAUGGAGAGGCCUUUGAUAUCUUUCCCUUCAUCACCCUCUGCACUCUGGACAUCAUAUGCGAGGCAGCGAUGGGAAGAUGUGUGAACGCCCAGGACAGAGAGGACUCAGAAUACGUCCGCUCGGUGAAGAAGAUCAAUUACUUAAUUCAGCGAAGAACGGCGAUAGUGUGGCAGCGACCAGACUUCAUGUUUCGCCUCUUGGGCCUCAAGAAGGAGCAGGACACGUGCCUGGCAGUGCUACACAAUUUCACGCGGGACGUCAUCAGGGAGCGGCAGAAGCUGCACCGGGAGGCCAAGGCAAGGGAACAGCAACAAGAGUGUUCGGAGGAGGAGAAACUCUUGGGCAAAGGGAAGCGGCGCCUUGCCUUCUUGGACUUGCUGCUGGAGGCUUCGGAGGAUGGCAAGGUUCUAUCCGACGAGGAUAUUAGGGAGGAGGUGGACACCAUCAUGUUCAGGGGACACGACACCACCUCCAGCGGAAUCAACUGGGCCCUGUACCUUAUGGGACGCCACCCGGAAGAACAGACGCGGGUGCAGGAGGAGCUGGACAGUAUCUUCGGAGACAGUGAUCGUCCAAUCACCAUGGAUGACCUGAGGCAGAUGAAGUACACGGAGAACUGCAUCAAGGAGUCCCUCAGGCUGCUUCCCUCCGUCCCCUUCAUCGGCAGGAUGCUGAAAGAAGACAUCGUUAUAAAUAAUCAGCGAAUCCCGGCAGGCGUCAAUUUUUCCUUGGCAAUAUACAAGCUGCACCGAGAUCCUGAGCAGUUUCCUGACCCUGAGAAAUUUGACCCCGAUCGUUUCCUGCCCGAGAACGCAGCCAAGCGUCAUCCUUACGCCUAUGUGCCCUUUAGCGCCGGGCCUAGGAACUGCAUAGGUCAAAGGUUUGCUCUGCUAGAGGAGAAGGUAGUGGUGAGCAACGUAUUGCGUAACUUCCGCGUGGUGAGUGACAUCCCAGAGACUGACCUGAAGCUGAUGGGCGAGCUGGUGCUGCGACCCCACGGUGGCAACCCCAUCAAACUGCUGCCCCGCCGCUCCUAAGCCACGCCUUCCACCUGUCUGUGGUUCUGUUCCUCCCGAAGCAUCCACGCCACGCUGCCUGGGUUUGGUGCUGCUGCAGGUGUCCGAAAUGGUCUUUGUCGCAUUACUCAUGUUUGUGUAAUUCACGAUUGUGUGCUAAGGAAAAAAAAAAAAAAAAAAAACGAAAUUUUAGUUUUUACAAUAAAAUAAGUCUAAAAAUUA